AUAGGCCUAAGGCCUACGUAAAAUUACCUAAGUUAUUUUAAGCACAACUCGUGAUACUUACCUUUAUAGUCUAAUCUAACAGGUAUGGACAAUUAUUUUACAUACUGCAAUACUCAGUGUGCAUGAGUUAUCGAUACAACGUUUAAGCUUGAAAUUAGGCAUAUAGAAAUAGUGUUUACAAUGGAGUCACACUGCUGGUCACUCACUAUUGUACUUAUGAUGUUCUGUACCAACAGCAUUUGUGCACCUUUCAGCAACAUGGCUGAUGAAAUCCAUACAGAGCAGUUAUGUUUUCCGAUUUCCACCAACAUAACUUGCAAUCGAAAUCUAGUAAUACACACAACUGACGGGAGACUUAUAUCCAGCGAUCAAUUAGUUAACAAUGCAAGGCAGUCUCAUAUCUCUGUAGUCAAAUUUAACACAAGAUUAAUACUGGAGAAAAUGCUGACUAGUCGUUCUCCUGGUGAGGUUGAUCUAUCUACAUUCGUAUGGGUCAACGAUAGAGUAGGGGCAAAAAUCGUGUCGUAUCCAGUCAAUUAUGAAUACUUGUCAUUGGGAACAUUAAUAUUCGAGGAAACAAAUGUAGAUAUCACGUUUACAAAUGCAACCAUUCGCGAUUGUUUCAAUGAUUACAAGGAAGUUAUGUUGGCAAUGCAAACGCUAAUAAGAAAUGUAAGUGAACACGAUCGAAUUUGUUUCCGACAUUUAAAUCUUACAUUAUUCAAUAACCACCUUCUUAACCUAGCUUACAGCUAUUUUUACUACGCUAUGCAAGGAAGUCACUAUUCAUGCUUUACAUUGUUAGAUAGGCCUAAGAUUUGCAAAGUAAAGAUCAAUAACUUCAUUUGGAAUGAGGUUAUUACUGCAAUAAGUUUGUUUGUGAUGCUAUUUAGCCCCUUGCUAAUUGGUGUGUUUUUGAUGAACCCCCAUCGUAAACCCUCCGAUAUUAUUACUAGUAGGCCUGCUUACGUUAGCAAUGAAGCCAUUUUGAGGCAGGAAGUAGAGGAACAUGUACCAAGAUUGGCUUUAAAUUCACCACUACCGCUUGGCACAAGAUACACACUCUUUCAUUGGGGAAACGCAAAUAGAAUCAUUCGAAGUAUUCGAAUUUUUAUUUUUCUUACACUGGUUAUAAGUGCAUUAAUACUACUUGAAAUAUUUGGCGAUGACAAAUCAACAAAAAAUUAUUUGAAUGUGUAUUACCAUGAAAACGUAAGCCUACACUAUGUUAUCACUUAUCGUCUUAUGCUACGCGUAUUGCAAAUUUUAUCGCUCUUCAUUGUGGUUUUUUUCCCACAAUCGCUGUCUGUUUUUAACGACGAAUCUGACUGUGGUUUAGACUUCGAAAACAACCAAUACACGUGUAUGUAUCGCCAAGCACUUAAUCGAUUGACUCUUGUUACUAGUUGUCGAUUGUGGAAUGAGAGGCAAUUUAGUAGCACGUCGCGAAACAGGUCCAUAAUCUGUCGCCUAUUAUUAUUAAUCAUAGAUGUUAUCAUUACAUUUGGUCGAUGGUUAAGUUGUGCGUUUCCAGCAGUGUUCUUAAUCUCAGCUCCAGCAACUUCUUUCAUCAAAUCCAUAUUAAAUUUUUACACCAAUUCUGCAGAACGAAAACUAUAUAAAGAGUGUAUUUUAUUGCUGGUUAAACUCUUUCUCGCCAUUUUGUUUACAAUUUUUGUCGGAACCCUUUGUUUACAGUUGGUGAUCAUUGUAAUUAUCAUGAUGCAAAUAAUCGUCCUGACAACUAUAGGUAUAGUUACUAACUACGGCGAGAAUGAAGUAAUCGUGUUACAGGUUAUUACAGCAUUAUUAUUUGGUAUGUACGUUAUUGACGGUUUUCAGAAAUAUUACGAUUGUUACGCAAACGUUUGGCGCACCAUAGUUGAUGCCGGAGAGUCAUGGCAAGCCGGUCAUGAUGGUGAAGAUUUUAAUGAGGUUAACCGCGAUCCGAAUUUGCAAAGAAACACUUUACUUAGGAUGAGAACAGAUAUCCCGUUGCAAAAUCCACUAGUCAUCUACACAGAAUUGAUUCCUAAUUUACCGGAAGACCUUUUAUUUCACGUUGUCAACAACUGUAAAAAGAGGAGCGUUCAGGUGGCGAAGAUUGUGUCGUGGAAUGUGGUUGUAGGCUUAUUCUUUGCAGUAGCACUCUAUACAAUCAUCUCGACUCACGAGUAUAAUGAAUUCACACAGGUAACAAAGUCAAUGCUAACUUUGGCACUGGGAGCCUUUCCAAAGUUGAUAUCAAUUGCUUUCACAACACAAGAAUAUGCCACAAGACAAGAAGCAAAACAGCGCCGUAUUUGGUAUGUUGUAUUUGAGUACGCAGAACGUAAUGAAUACAAUAGAGUCGCCAUGAAGCCUCUGUGGACUAAUGGUUAUGACACUCGCCUUGACAGCGAGAGGUCGCAGGUCGAAUCCCGUGAAAGGCAUUUAAUUUCACAACUACACGAUGUGGUGUCAUGUCCGCUAUUCGAACUCUGUAUUUACCUUUCUUUGAAUAUUGAUAUAUAAUUUAACAGUGUUUGACGGCUAUCUGGAUUUAUAUUAUAUACUAUAUGCUGUAUAUAAUUUAACAAAUAAACCGCUGCAUCAGUGACAAUAUAGUUGUUGCAGUUGCUUUCUAAUAAAAAUUAUUUCGACACAAACGGUUUCAUGUAUUGCCCUCCAAACGGCUGUUUCAGACCUAAUUCCUUAUCAAACAAAUCGCAAUUUGAUAAUAGGCCUAAAAUCUUUAUUUCAAACGUUUUACAGAGAAAUUUAAUAAUUUAUUUUGCAAUGCAGCGUCCGCCCACAUUACAUUUAAAUUAGCAGUUUCUUCUGGAUAGUUCGCUGUAAUUAAAUAAUAUUCACAUAAAUAGAGCAAUUAUUAAAAGAACUAGAUUAAAAUAAUUAGUGUACAUUUUUUUGGGGGGGGGGGUGGAGGGUUGAAUCUUUAACGUAAUUUGAAGUACUGGUAUCUAAUGAUCUCAAAUGGCACACAUUAUUUGAUGUUGUUGUUGAUUAAGGUAAGACGUUGCACUUGAAAUGUCAAAUGUUUGAAGAAAAAGAAAAAAAAAUCUGAAGACCAUGCAGGGAGAGAAAAUACUUUUUGUGUGUUUGUGGUUUUUUUUUUUUAACUUCCUGACGGUGGUGGGAGAGGCAGAAGAUUAUUCUCGGAAAUUAUUUUUUGUAUUAUAAGCUAAUUAAUUUUGAAUUGAUCAAACUGUUUGAAUUUGCCAUAGGGUAUUAUUAAAACGCUCCCUAAAGAGCGAGAAAACCUUGAGAGAAUGCUUUAAUAUGCAAAAUGAUAAUAUGGAAAUACUAGGCAUAGUAGGUUAACGCCAACCCUCCAGGCAGUAAAAGAAAAGUUAAUAAUAAAUUUGUUUUUAAAUACCGUAUUUAUUCGAAUAAACGCCCUGCUUUGAAUAAAUGUGCAUCCCCACCCCAUAAAUGCCCCGAGAAGUGAAUUUUUUCCUCGAAUAUCGCCCCUAGAUGACUAAACAAAUCUAAUGGAAUCAACAUCAUUAUCAACACAUUCUAUUAAUGUUCUACUCCAGUAGAAUUACAUUUUUUUCUAAACUUGAUUGGGAUCAAUAAUCUUUAUGAUCACACAAUAACACAUUGCAACUGAAUUGUGUUGUUCAACAUUUACAGUGAAAUUAAACCUGAAUCGGAUUAUUUUUAAUUGAAAUUUUUCAAAUUUGAAGCGUAUUGUACACGAAGUAGUUAGUUUAAUUGGUAAACAAUGUUAUGUCUAAAUAUCUAUAUAGACUUUGAAGUUAAUCUUUAAGACUUUUGAUAAUUAUUGUGUAAUGUUCUGCUAUUUUAAAAUUUAUGUUCUUAUAUAUUUAUGUUCAUCUUGUUAUUGGUGUUUACAGUGUUGGAUUUUUGAAAUACAAAUACAAAUACGAUUAACAAAAUAAUAUCCAUACAAAAUAUAAUUGACACUGUGGUGUGCUCUUAUAGUUUUAUGGUUUUUGUUUCUAAGACAAUGUCGUUUUCUUUUACGAUUUAGCCAAAUACUUAUUUUGAAUAGAGUUGACAAACGUAAUUCAUAAUUUUAAUGUAGGCCUACACACAAUACUUAUUAUUAUCAUCAAUAAACAAUGUAAAGGCCUACUACACUGUUAACCAUAAUUGGCUAUUAUGUACAUCACAUUUGGCUGACAAAUGUUAAGUAAUUAUAGUUUUGUUCAACAUAAUAUAAUAUAUUUUAUAGAGUGUAGUAUACUUGCAACUCGUUAGGUGUUAAAUUACACUUAACUGAAGGCUGUAGAAUUAGAUUACUGUAAAUAAUAUAAUUAUUGUAAUGUAGAUAGUGUGGACACUUUUAUGAACAUUAUGCUGUUAUUGUAAUAGAGUCAUAUAUAGGCCUACUCAUCUUCUCCGGAAUUUAAAAAAGAAAUCAAUAGAUAAAUUGAUUGACUGUUUGAUUGAUUGAUUGAUCAACAUGUUUGAUUGUAGUUUGUAGUCUUAUUGUGCUUAAAACUCAUUAAACACGGCAUACUUUAUUCAUUUAAGAUUAUGUUACAUUGUCGAUUUUUUUUUACUAUACCAGGUUCCAAAUUGGCUUACUAUACACUGUUAUAUGACAAAUAUCUGCAUUAAUAGCGCCCUCAUUCUGUA